AUUUUGAUUUCAAAAAUCAACAGACGUUUCUACCGGCGUUUAUUGUGUAAAUUUUAUAGGUAAUUAUUAUAAUAUUUCACGGUUUGUCUUUUUGUUUUCUCCAGUGCAUUUGUGUACUGUUAUUAUUUCAUUCCAGGAAUACAUUAAUAUCGAAAUUACCGAGGGCAUAAAAUAAUCUGUACUACCCUAGAAGAGGACAACAUUUAAUUGUAACACACUUAACUACAAAUAAUACUAUAGACGAAUUUAUUCUCAGGUAUUUAAUUUAUUUAUAUAAUUGCAUAGAACAUAUGAACAAAGAGUUGUUGAUGUUACUGUUAAAGAAUUUUGAUCAAGAGGAUACAACAGAUUAAUUUUUUUUUCUUUCAGACGUGCGCAUAAUAUAGUCAAUUUACUUUCAACUGACAACAAUAAGCCUAUUUUAAAUUCUCAAAUCCAGAAACUCACUGUCAAAUAUUUUAAAAGCACUAAUACUUUUAAAAUUAUCAUUAAUCUGUAGGUAUCUCCUAAUCAAAAAUUAGUUUAUACUAAUCCGUUGCUUACAGAUGACUAAAAUCAAAGUGAAAGUGAUAAUAGUUAUAUUUUAUAAUUUACUUAUGAGUUUAGUUAUUACCAGAUUAACUAAGGUUUUUUUAAAAAUAUUUUAAAUAUUUUAAACAGACAUUGGAUAGGUUAGGUCAAUUUGAUUGUAAAAUUUGUAAAGCCAUUGGUGUCUUUUCUUUUAAUUUGUUACCUACAUAAACAUAUAAUUUGUAAUUGUAUGACAAAUAAAUAAUUCCUACACAUUUAUUUUACCUGUUUAUUAUCUAUAUAAACUAAAAAUAAACAGGUAAUAUUUUGUUUUAAUCAUAUUAGAUACAUAAAUCGUAUAUUACCAAUAUUUAUUAAAUUAUAGGAACAGUUACAGAGUUAUCCAAAAGAUACAUUAUUUAAUAGCAGUAAGAUUAAUCUAAACUAUAAUAUCAAGUCAACCAGUUAGAAGAGUAUUUAAUCAUCCUUUUAGGGAUGGGAGGUGAGCAAAUUGGCGACUCGGUUUUGUUUCUCUACCACCUGCCCAAAGAUAAUCACAAUUGAUGAUUUUUAGCAAACAAAUUUGUUACAGGAGGGCCUUCACAUUUAUUAUUUUUUUUUUUUCGAAUCAUUACAGUCAUUAGUUUUAUCAAACUAAAAGUAGUUUACUUUUGAAAAAAAAAAUUAUAUAAAUCAUUAAAACAAUUUUUUUUUUUUUUGAAAAAUAUGAAGAUACAAUUUCAAACUUCUUUUUUUCAUUAUAUUACACCUAUAUAAAAUUGAUACAAGCACUAAAAUACUAAAUAGUUACACAAAUAUAGAUCCAAGAGAGUGAUUAACCGAUCACCCUCCCACCCUAAAAUAUGCCUUUUGGAUCUACUUAAAAUUAGAAAUUUAAAAUAAGUCUGUGUAUUUAAUGAACAAAUCUGUCCGUCAUUUAACUAUUAUUAUUUUUUUUUAACACAUUUAUUGUAUUUGUUUUAGGAUUUUACUAAUGAAUCAUUUUUCAAAUCAUCAGUUAAAGAUCUAAUUUAUUGGAUUUGUCAUAUUAUCAAAGUAAGUAUAAUUUUAUUUUUAGAUUUCACCAUUAAAUAUUAUUGUUAUAUUUGAUUAGAAUAGAAAUUGUUCUGAUAACUUAUUAUUUACUACCUUUUUUUAUAAAGAAAAAGUUGGUACUGGUCUAGUUUGACACCUGCUGAAAAAGUAUUUCCUUGCCACUCAGGUUUGUUGAUGCCUGCCAUUUACAUCUUUUCGAUAUUUGAAUUGGUAUUUGUUUUAAUAGUUAUAUCCAUUAUCUCAUAUUUUAUAGACUAUACAUUUAAAUUAAAUAUUAUGCAAAAUUCAGAUAGUCUAAAUAAAAAUAAAUAAAUUGUUGAAAUUAAAAUAAUUGUACAAAAAAUACACAUUCUAUCAUAAAUAUGCAGGUGGCCAAAAUUCUGCUAUUUCUUGCAUUUAUCUGUAGUGUGACAACAAAUGAUUAGGAUAUCGAAAACAUAAGAGAUGUAAAUGGCGAACGUCAACUAAAUCUGAAUGGCGGGUAAAUAAUUUCUAGGUGGGGGUCAAUUGAACCAGUAUCUCGACCAUUACUAAAAAUUCUUCUAUUGUAAUUAUUAUAUAUUAUUUAAACAUCGUAAAUAAUACCAUACCUAUGCUUCAGAUUAUUUCGAAAGUUUCAAUAUGUUUCUUAAAUAGUAUUGUAGGAGAGAUUUGAUAUGUAACCAUUACUCAAAGUUUAAAGGUGAAAAAGUAAAAGAUUGUAAUUUUUGUAUAUGGUUGUAAAAUUAAAUAUUGUGUAUCUAGAUAACUUUAGAAGGGGAGAAAGGUGUACCUAAUUUCAAGAGAAAAUAAUUUUGUAUUUUUAAAUACGUUUAAAAGAAUAGUGUAAAAUAUCUAUUAAUAUUUUUUACUGUUGGGAGUUUACUGAAAUGUUAUCUACCUACAUCAACAACUUAUUUAUCUUUUAUUCACCCUGUAGAUAAGGCAUUAUACAAAUCUACAGGGACAAAUUUGAGGGUAGGAGUUAGUAAUAUAAUAAACAAAUAUUUAUUUUAGACGUAAAAUGUGUUUUUAUAUUAUUCAUUUAAUAUUUUUGAUUAUAGGUAUAUUACAAUGACUUCAUUUGAUCUAAGAAGAGAACUUAAUUUCAGAGGACCUGCAAUUAAUUUAAAUAGAAGUAUAUCUACUAAGAAACACACAUUGCACUUUGAUGGCCGGUUUGUUAGUAAAUCAGAUCGAUAUCAAUUAGAAUCAUAUGGUUUGUACACUCCUAAUCCUAUACUUGAAGGGUUAAGUGUAUCACAUAAGAAUAAACUAAUAUGGUCAGCUCGUUUAUCUGAAAGUUUAUGGGCAUGGUUUGUGUAUGGUCGAAAACUGUUAGUAUGGAAUGCAGAAACCAAUAAAGAAAAUCGGACAAAUCCUUGUUUUGAACUUGGAUUACCAGCAAGUGAGGUAGCUCACCAAUCAGCUCUUGUUUGGGUUUUUGAACCGGAAACUGAAAAAUCAUUAUCUCAUGCGUGCUGCAUAGCUGUUUCCCCUGAGGGGUUAAUACGUUUUUGGAAAGAUGUGUAUGAUGAAGUUGAAUUUAUUGAACACAAUACUGAACUAAUGGGAAAAGAAUGUGAACUCUUAUUUCAAGUUGACAACUCUAGGUUUAUUUUGUUAACAACUACUGCUGAUUUAGUAAUGGUGACAAUCAACAUGGAUAAUGUCCGCCCUCAAAUAAGUAGUAAAAUAUUGACAGAGUCUACUGGUUGGCUAGGCAAUAUAUCUAUAAAUUUAUCAUCUUUUGUUUUCGGUUCAACUGGACAACAGUCUGAUCCUAAAACAAUUUGUGGUUGCGUUCUAAAAAGUUCUUCGAACUAUAAUGAACAAUUGUUUGUUGUAACAACCAAUGGUACAACUUUAACAAAAUGGAAUGUUUCAGAACCUCAAAGAGAAAAACAAUUGUUUGAAGUAAACUUAGCUAAUUCUUUACAAGAGAAAUUUUCAAUUAUGAUGUUUAAUAGUGUCAGUACUGGUGAUAUGGAUAUGGAAAUAAUUGAUUUGAAACCAACUAAUAACCACAAUGAAGAAGUCAUUGUCCUCAUUCAUACCAAACCAAACCAAGCUUACAAUUAUUAUAUUUUAGCUACUAUACAAGUUCAAGAUAACAAAUGUCCAAUUACUUCUUUACAUGUCCUUAAUAAUAUUGAAAGUUCUUACUUGAAUGAAUCUACACCACAAUUACUUAUAACUGAACAGCAAGCAUUCAUACUGUCAAAACAUUAUAUUCUUGUUGUUACAUUUGAACCGUUUCAAACUGACGUAAUUGGAGUUGAUUGUGAUUUAAAAUUUGGCGGUGGUUCAGUAGUUAACAAUUAUGGUAUGUUUUUCACUCAAUCUCAUUGUCUAACAGUGGUUACAAAGAUAAUAGAUGAAGAAUAUGAAAUCAACGAAUCGAGAAGUGUUCUUCAAUGUCCAGAUAUGAAUCAGUCUAAUGUUUUAAUUGCUGAAGUAGAAAGUGGUAGUAACGAAACUAGAUUAAAAUCUGCUUUUCUCCAGUUUGUCAGUCGUAAAUUAGAAAAUUGUAGAGCAUUAAUAAAACAAGCAUGUCCAGAAGAAUUAUCAUCAACUGAUGGAUUUAAUCUAGAUAAAACUGUAUUUAAAGUUGGAGAAGAUCUAGUUAAUGAUAUACCGAUUAAUGAUCCACGUUGGUUGGGAGUUCAAAAUGAACCAACAAUUAGAUCAUCGUCAAUGGUAAUAUUAAGCCACUUAGAAGAAAAACAACAAGCUAUACACUGGUAUCUAAAAUUUUUACAAGAACUUGGUCUAUGGAGUCGCAUGCGUCAAUUAUAUAAAUAUAAUACUCAAGUAUUCACCGGUUGUGCUUUAAAAGAUUUAAGUGAAAAAUUACAAGCAACAAUAACGUUUCGAAAAAUUGAAGUUGAUCAUAGUAAUCUAUUAGAUACAUUGAUAAAAGAAGCAGUUGAAAAUAACUCUGAUAGUUAUUCUGCACCAUUAGGUCUUACACAUAUAGAUAAGUUUUAUAAGCAAGUUAGCAUGUCACACAUUCUUUUAAAAAAACUAUGUACACAUAGUGAAGAAAUUACUAACACUAAUCGUAGUGCUGUAGAUAUAUGUGGUAUUUUAUGUGAUGUGAAUAGGAUUUUAGUAAAAGUUCUUGGUGCUGUGUUGGAUUAUAGAAGACAAAAUGUAGAUUUUUUCCCGAUUGACAAACAAAAACAAUCAAACAUGUCGUGGAUUCUUUCCGAAGAUACAGAAGGCAUAUGCACUGAACUAAAGCAGCAAAUUGCUAUUAGUCUCAAAUUUGUUAAUAUUGCAAAUAUUACUAAAGAAGUUCAUUCAGAAAUAUCUGAUCAAGUUGCAUUUUUAGUAGAUGUUUUGUUGUCUAGCUCUGUUGAUAUACUUUCAGAAACUAACAGCAAUUAUAUUAAAUUAAGAUAUAAUUUACUAAGAAAACUUAUAGACCACCAGGAAAUCCACAAAGUAAUUGAAUUAGCUGAAAAAUAUGCAGAUUAUAGAAUCAUAGUAGAAGUUUGUUCUGAAACUAAUAAUAUAACUUUAUUAUAUAAUUUUAUGGAUAAACUUUUUGACCAAAAUUUCCGUCAAACUGUAUUUGCUUGGUAUCUGGAACAAGGUAAAAUUGUUGAUCUAUUACGAAAUUUUUGUCGUAAACCUAAAUAUGAACAUGAUCUUGCACUAGCAUUAGAGUCGUAUCCUAAGUAUGGCUGGAUAGCUGGAGGAUUAUCAGAAAAUAUCACCCUAACAUGUGAAUCGCUCAAACAAUGCUGGUCACAGGAGGAAACAAAUGUACUUAGAAGGCAAGCCCAAUUGAAUUUAUAUAAAAUGACAAUUUUAGCAACUAAUGGGCCGUUAGCUAAGUAUCCAGAAUUGGAGCAAGUUGAAAAAGAAUUGGAAAUUAUAGAACAUCAAUUGAAUAUUCCCCAAUGUGUCUUUGAAUCUACUGAAUUAGACACAAAUAACAUUCGUGUACUAUCACCCGAAGAAAUUUAUAAUUUUUACUUACAUAAAAAUAAUUCUAUGCUAGAUGAAAACCAAUGUUUGCGAGCUUUGUCAGUGAUACAAUUUAUUCCAAACAAAAACAAAUGUGAAAUGCUUGUUUGCCAUUUAUGGUGUGAAAUAAUAUUAAAAGAAACACUGAAAUAUCCCCUUCAUGACCAAGAAAUUGAUGAUCCUAUACAAUUUGUAAAAAACCUAUUAUUUUUCAAGACUUUGGCCCUUGUGUAUAAUAAAGGCCUAAUAGAUUUUUUACCAUCUUUGGAUUGGAUAUUGUGUGCAGAAGAAUUGGAAAAUUUCCAUUCAAAUACAGUAUGGCAGUAUAUUAUGAAAAUAGGAUUUGAACAUUUUUUAUCUCCUACUGAUUGUGACAUGGAUUUUCAAACUUCUCUUGUUCAGUGAAAUUUAACUAUUAAUUUAAACAAAUUUACUUUUUUAAUGAUAAUUUGUAAUAUAUAACUUUUUUUUAUUAUUUUGUAAUAACUAAUCAUACACAUUAUACACUUGAAUAUUUAUUGACUAUAAAUACCUCUAAAUAUAUUUCUAUUCAAGUAGUAUACGUAUAAUCAAUUUAGCAAUCUAUUAUUUUUGUUAUUUUAAUUUAAAAAAAUAACUAAAAUAGUCAGUGUUAUUUCUUAUUUAAAAACAAAAUAGAAAAAUAGAAAACACUAAAUUUAUCAGCCUCC